CCACUAUCUACCUCACUCAAGAACGGAAUCAACUCUUCUUGCCUUAAUUUUUUUCGUUUCCCCUCGACCCUUUUCGCCCCGUCCAAGCUACGAGGAUGACGAUGAGGGCGACACGCGCCGCCGGUGAUGAUAAAAAUCGAGUUUUGGAAGGCCGAAGAGGGCUUCUCGAUCUGUCUUCCCCUUGCUUCGAUCUAUUUGCCGUGGCUACGAUGGCGGCGACGGUUGGACGAUCCUACCCUAUGGAGAAGAGAAGGGCCGCCGACGAAGAGAGGGAAAGCUCACCUUCGGCGGGCACGUUUGGUGACUGGGAAGAAAGAUCGGUUAUGGAGGAUGAAGAUCUGGGUAAUUUCUAAACUUUGAAUUAAUAUAACUAGAAAUUGUUUACUCGAAAAAUGAAAUUGGUCCUCCUGUCUGCCCUUGCUAAUCAAGGGUCUCAAGAAAUCCGGGGAGCUAAGUCUCAAAGGAACGAGGUGGAAAGGGCGAAGGGUGAACGUCCGGCGACUGCAAGGUGGAGGAGAUCGCACGUUGAGGAGACUCCUAGUAUAUCCCUCAAAAAGAGCACGUUCCUGGUUAACCCCCUCAAACGGCACCGGGAAUACUGGAUGGCACAUCCUCAAGCUCAAGAAGAAUCGGUGGCCAAACAACUUUGUCGUCCUAAUCGCGUGAUGUGGCGUUUCGUCUUGCCCGCGUCGGAGGUUAUAGAAGAAAAGGGGAAGAAGGCCCCUAAUGAGUCGCCGACUCAACGAUCGAAGAAGGAACCUGUAAGUUUAAUGGAUCCCCUGAUUAUUAUUCCC